CUCCGCGGAGCACCAUAGUCCACCGUCUUUCCGAGAGAGCUCUGUUUCUCUCUUCUCCGCGCGAUGCUCACCUGCGUUGCGAGCUCGAAGCCGCUCGGCGGGCCGCCGGCGGAUGACGUCGGAGCCGUUUCCGGCGCCGGAACUCCUCGUAGACUGGCAAUGAAAGCGCUCACCACGCAGAUAAGAGAGAUGGCGAUCAGAGCAUCGGGGGCGUAUCGGCAAUGCAAGCCUUGUUCUAGGGCGUGGGAGAGGAGGGAGUGCACGGAGUCGGAGGGGUUGGAGAGCGGGAAUGGUACGCCGGCGUCGAUGAGCGGCCGGACAGAGGAAUCAGCGUCGAUGAUCGUGGAGGAGGACGAGCAGGUGGAGCGCGAGUGGAUCGCCCAGGCUGAGCCUGGGGUUCUCAUCACCUUCGUCUCCGGCGCCGGCGGUGGCAACGAUCUCAAACGCAUCCGAUUCAGGGAGAUGUUCAACAAGGGGCAAGCUCAGAAGUGGUGGGCAGAGAACCAUGACAAAGUUUUGGAGCUCUACAAUGUUCGGAGCUCCAGCCAUCCACCUCCCACUCUCCCCGGUUCUGAGGAAGAGAGCUUAAAGAAGGAGAUGGUGAGGCUAAUGACUCCCUCAGUGAGAAAAGAAAGGGUUCCUGGAAACUCCAACAGGGCAGUGAUGGGCUCCUCUUCUGAUGAUUCUCAAGACCACCACCAACAACACCAACACCAACACCAACACCAACAAGGAGACUCCUCCGGUGGCCUUGCAGGUACCCCUAAACUCUCAGUCAAUAGUGGGACCAACAAAGGCAUUGUAGGUACAUCAUCAUCUUCAUCAUCAUCCAUAAAGGAAGAGGAGGAGGUGAUGGAUGGGUGUGGAAGUGGUGAAGCAUCAGUGUCUAGCAAUGGCAGUAGUAGUAUUGAUCAAGAGAGGGAAUGGGUUCAACAGGAUGAACCUGGAGUUUAUCUUACUAUUAGAGCUCACCCAGGUGGCAUCCGUGAACUACGCCGUGUCAGAUUCAGCCGGGAGCGGUUUGGUGAGAUGCUUGCGAGGAUGUGGUGGGAGGAGAACCGUGGCAGGAUACAUCAACAAUAUAUUUUCAGAGCUUAAAUUAAACUUUUAUAAGUCUACAGUAGAACUAGAACCACGGUAUGGUCAUGAUUAUUUCUUACUUUCUUUUUGUUUGUUUAUUUAUUUUCAAGAUAACUUGUGUACAAAAUUUGUUGUUAUUAAAUGGAUAAUGCAAUCAAACUACAUAAGCGUAUAUAACCAAAACAUAU